CACGGGGGACUUCUUGGAACAUCACCCUCAGUCAGUUUUAAAAAUUAGGAGAGGAAAAGGGAGGAGGGUGAGUGGAGGUGACAUCACCCUGCAGUUUGCAAAGGUAAGGUCAAGCCAAUGGCUGCAUUUAAGGAAUGCAAAAUGAAGACAGGCCCAAGGAUAUUUUGCACUGGAGUGUCAGGGAGACGUUCUCUGAUUUCCUCUUUUGUGAAACUUCACCAAAUAAACAUUCAAGCGCCCUGGUGAUGCCUGCAGCUGCCUCGGAACUCUGCCAACAAGUUCAUCAUCAGGUGCCCUUCCCAAUCUUUGGACCGAAAAGCUGAGUCAAAGCUGUUUCUUCUCUGAUUUACAGAGUUUGUGGUACUGUAUGCCGAUGGGGAGAAAGGAGGGACCGGGCACCCCCAACAGACCACAGCUCCUCCAUGCAUGAACCCUGUACUCCGAGUCCAGAUUCUCCCUGAUCACCCUCCUGUCCUCACUGCACAACCUGAGGAGAGGUGGCACUACAGCCACUCGGAAGAGACGGCUCUGGUGCUAAGCCAGGGUCACUGUGCAGGGACAGGGUAUGUCACCCAUAUUCUGGAGCCAGCCCAGCCUUCACCUGGUGGAGUCUGCAGAUGCAAGAGCUCACCGUGGGGAAGUCCAAGUCCCUCCACACUCAGUUCAAGCAGGAUCUAACUUUUCCACCUCCCCCUUCUCAGACACCUGGCCCUAAGCAUACUGCAUUUCCUGCUUUUCAAGUGUCCGGCUUCCUCUUUGCAGAGGGGAGAAAGCUAAGCUACCACACGGACAUUUCUCCCAGUGCAGCCUGGAAGAGACUGUGACGUGACAAUCUCACGAGAUUACGUGGUUGCCCCUCCCUUGAGGGGUGCCUGGUUGGACAGCUUGCAAAGCGGGUGGGCAUGGAUGACGUCAUAAAGCGGUAGCCAAUCAGCAUGCUUGCUGGCAUAGUGGGCGUGGGGGACUGUUGCCAGGUGAGGGGAGUGAGGACCUGGGGCUACUGCCGAUUCCCCAGCGGCCGGCACCAUCACCUCCGUGUUCCUGUGCAGUCUGGUGAUCUAUACCGCAUUCAGACCAAUUUGUUCAUUGGGCAAGCAUUACUUCUUUGCUCAGGAACUGCAGAUCUUCCCUGGGAAGCAGAAUUGGUGCAACACUUGGAGAAGCAACCUCAAACUCCAGUGUUGAGUCAAAGAAAACAGCCCAAAAUGAUGCUAACAUUUGAAGACCUGGCUAUUUACUUUACCUGGGAGGAAUGGCAGAACAUGAAUAAAGCUCAGAAAAUUCUGUACAGGGAUGUGAUGUUGGAGACCUACAAUAGCCUGCUUUUCUUGGGACACUGCAUCACUAAGCCUGAUUUGAUCUUUAAGUUGGAGCAAGGAGGAGAGCCAUGGAUGGUGAACAAAUGCCUAAAUCAGAGCCUUCCAGUUGCCAUGAAAAGUGAUGACAUAAUUAGGAUGAACCAGGAAAUUCAAGAAAAAGAUUUCAAGCAGGAUGUUAUGACAAAUAGCAAGACAUCAACUCCCAAGAGAGUUGAAUUAAUAAAAAGACUUAAUUUAAGUUCAAGUCAUGUUUCAAAACUGAUUAUCAAAAAGGGAAGUUAUUCAGCAAUGAAACCUGAGGAAUGCAAUGUAUGUCACAAUGUGCAUCCCCAUGGUGGGCCUGAUGAGCUGCAAGCUGGAGAGAAGCUUGAUGCCGCUAAGGUACCUGGGAACUCUGUCCAGUGCUGUGAGCAUCUUAGUGAGGAUCACAAGAUUCAGACUGUGAAGCCUUCAUUUGAACAUAGUGGACAGGGGAAAGACUUCAAAAGGAAGAAGAUAUUCUUUAGAUUUUGCACGGUCCAUAUGGGAGACCCCUGUAAUAAGUCAACAAUUACUGUUGGAAAGACAACUCAAAUAGAAGAAACUCUUCAUAAAAAUACUAACCUCAGUAAGCAUCAACAAAUCAACACAGGAGAGAAACUCUAUGAAGAUAUGGGGUAUGUGGAACCUCUCAUUUACAAAUCAGAUCUUCCAAUAGAUCAGAGACAACAUACAGAGAAAAAACCUUAUGCAUGUCAGCCUUGUAGGAUCUCCCAUGUGUGUAAUGAAUGUGGAGAAACCACGUACCAGAAGUUAGAUCUCAUUAGACAUCAGAAAAUUCACACAAAGAAGAAACCUCAUGAAUGUAAUGAGUUCCAAAAAACCAUUUUCCAGAAAUCAUACCUCAUAACACAGCAAAGAAUUCAUACAGAGGAUAAACCUCAUGAUUGUAAAGACUGUAGAAAAGCCUUUGGCAAGAAGUCACAGCUUGUAGUGCAUCAGAGAAUUCACACAGGAGAGAAACCUUAUGAAUGCAAUGGCUGUGGAAAAGCCUUUCUGUGCAAGUCACAGCUCAUCAAACAUAAGGGAAUCCACAAAGGUGAGAAACCUCAUGAAUGUAAUGACUGUGGAAAAGCCUGUGGCUUGAAGACAGACCUAAUCAAACAUUGGAAAAUUCACACCACGGAGAAACCUCAUGAAUGUAAUGACUGCGGAAAAGUCUUUGGCUCUAAGUCACAACUCAUAACCCAUCAGAGAGUUCACACAGGGGAGAAACCUUAUGAAUGCAAGGAAUGUGGAAAAGCCUUUGGCAAGAAGUCAACAAUCACUAGCCAUCAGAGAAUUCACACAGGGGAAAAACCUUAUGAAUGUAAUGACUGUGGCAAAGCCUAUGGCUAUAAGUCUGACCUCAUCAAGCAUCAGAGGAUUCACACAGGGGAGAAACCUUAUGAAUGUAAUGACUGUGGCAAAGCCUAUGGCUAUAAGUCUGACCUCAUCAAACAUCAGAGGAUUCACACAGGGGAGAAACCUUAUGAAUGUAAUGACUGUGGCAAAGCCUACGGCUGUAAGUCUGACCUCAUCAAACAUCAGAGAAUUCACACAGGGGAGAAACCUCAUGAAUGCAAGGAAUGUGGAAAAGUCUUUGGCUAUAAGGCAGAUCUCCUCAAACAUCAGAGAAUUCACACAGGAGAGAAACCUUAUGAAUGUAAUGACUGUGGAAAAGCCUUCACCUGUAAGUCACAUCUCAUAAUCCAUCAGAGAAUUCACACAGGGGAGAAACCUUAUGAAUGCAAGGAAUGUGGAAAAGCCUUUGGCAAGAAGUCAACAAUCACUAGACAUCAGAGGAUUCACACAGGGGAGAAACCUUAUGAAUGUAAUGACUGUGGAAAAGCCUUCACCUGUAAGUCAUAUCUCAUAAUCCAUCAUAGAAUUCACACAGGGGAGAAACCUUAUGAAUGCAAGGAAUGUGGAAAAGCCUUUGGCAAGAAGUCAGCAAUCACUAGCCAUCAGAGGAUUCACACAGGGGAGAAACCUUAUGAAUGUAAUGACUGUGGCAAAGCCUACGGCUGUAAGUCUGACCUCACCAAACAUCAGAGGAUUCACACAGGGGAGAAACCUUAUGAAUGUAAUGACUGUGGCAAAGCCUUUGGCCGUAAGUCGGACCUUACCAAACAUCAGAGGAUUCACACAGGGGAGAAACCUUACGAAUGUAAUGACUGUGGCAAAGCCUAUGGCUGUAAGUCUAACCUCAUCACGCAUCAGAGAAUUCACACAGGAGAGAAACCUUAUGAAUGUAAUGACUGUGGCAAAGCCUUCGGCUGUAAGUCUGACCUCAUCAAACAUCAGAGAAUUCACACAGGGGAGAAACCUUAUGAAUGCAAGGAAUGUGGAAAAGCCUUCACCUGUAAGUCACAUCUCAUAAUCCAUCAGAGAAUUCACACAGGGGAGAAACCUUAUGAUUGCAAGGAAUGUGGAAAAGCCUUUGGCCAAAAGUCCCAUCUCAUAAUCCAUCAGAGAAUUCACACAGGGGAGAAACCUUAUGAAUGUAAUGACUGUGGCAAAGCCUACGGCUAUAAGUCUGACCUCAUCAAACAUCAGAAGAUUCACACAGGGGAGAAACCUCAUGAAUGCAAUGACUGUGGCAAAUCCUUUGGCUAUAAGUCACAGCUCAUAAUCCAUCAGAAAAUUCACACAGGGGAGAAACCUUAUGAAUGUAAUGACUGUGGCAAAGCCUACAGCUGUAAGUCACAACUCAUAAUCCAUCAGAGAAUUCACACAGGGGAAUAACCUUAUGAAUGUAAUGACUGUGGCAAAGCCUUUGGCCAGACGUCACAUCUCAUAAUCCAUCAGAGAAUUCACAUAGGGGAGAAACCUUAAGAAUGUAAUGAAUCCUGAAAAGCCUUUGGCUGGAGUCAGUAAUCAUCAAACAUCAGAGAAUUCACACAGGGGAGAAACCUUAUGAAUGUAAUGACUGGAAAAGCCUUUGGCAAGAAGUCACAUCUUAUAAUCCAUCAGAAAAUUCACACAGGACCCUAAGCAUCUGUGCAUAUACAUUUAUUUAUACUUGCAUCUUCCUGUUGAAUUGAUCCCUUAAUCAUUAUAUAGUGCCAUUCUUUGUCUCUUUUAGUAGUUUUUGUUUAAAGUCUCUUUCCUUUGCUAUUAGCAUUGCUACAUCUGUCCUGUUUUGUGUUCCAUUGGCAUAGAAUAUCUUUUCUCAUCCUUUCACUUUCAGUCUGCAUGCAUCGUUGUUGGUGAGAUGUUUCUUGUAGGCAGCAAGCAGAUUGGUUUUGUUUUUAAUCCAUUCAGCCAGUCUGUACCUUUUAACUGGAGAGUUGAGGCCAUUUACAUUCAAAGUGACUGUUGAUAAGUAAUGACUUUGUCCUGACAUUGUUUCAUAAAGUUUCCUAUUGUUUACUUUGGAUUUCUUUUGUACUUUUGCUCGAGUAUUUUUUUUUUUGCUUUCAGAUUUUUGAAAGAUUAUUUAUUUGUUUGAAAGGCAGAGUUACAUAGAGCCAGAGUCAGAGGCCAGAGAGAGAGAGGUCUUCAAUCCACUGGCAUACUCCCAAAUUGGCUGCACUGGCUGGAGCUGGGCCAAUCUGAAACCAGGAGUCUGGAGCUUAUUUCAGGUCUCCCAUAUGGGUGCAGGGGCCCAAGGACCUGAGCCCUCUUCAGCUGCUUUUCCAGGCACAUUAGCAGGGAGUUGGAUCAGAAGUGCAGCAGUCGGGACUUGAAUCAGUGCCCAUAAGGGAUGCUGGUGCUGUAGGUGGUGGCAUUAUCUGCUAUAACACAGUGCCAGCCCUUCUCAUUCUUUUAUCAUGAUGACUAUCUUUCUGUGUUUCUUAGUGUAGCACUUCAUUUAAAACAUCUUUUGUAAUGCCACUUUGUGAUUGAAAAUUCUUCCUACUCUUGUUACAAAUGGUCUUUAUUUCAUUGUCAUUCUUAAAUGAGAGCUUUGCAGGAUACAGUAUUCUGGGUUGACAAUGUUGUAUUAAGACUUAGACUAUGUCUUGCACUCCUUGCCUGUAGGGUUUCUUAUGAGAAGUCCAUUGUAAGUAUAAUUGGAGAUCCUCUGAAAGUAAUUUGGCAUUUUUUUUGUGCACCUUUUUGGAAUCUCUUUAUAUACAGAAGAUCAGUUUAGCAUACAUUAAGUAAAGAUUUCAACAGUUUGCUCCCACACAGAAACAUAAAGUGAAAAAUACUGUUUGAGUACUAGUUAUAGCAUUAAAUAUCAAUGUAUAGCACACUAAGGACAAAGAUCCUACAUGAGGAGUAAGUGCACAGUGACUCCUGUUGUUGACUUAACAAAUUGACACUCUUGUUUAUGGCAUCAGUAAUCACCCGAGGCUCUUGUCAUGAGCUGCCAAGGCUAUGGAAGCCCCCUGAGUUCACUGACUCUGAUCAUAUUUAGACAAGGCCAUGGUCAAAGUGGAAGUUCUCUCCUCCCUUCAGAGAAAGGUACCUCCUUCUUUGAUGACCCAUUCUUUCCACUGGGAUCUCACUCAUGGAGAUAUUUCAUUUAGGUUUUUUUUCUUUUUCCCCAGAGUGUCUUGGCUUUCCAUGCCUGAAAUACUCUCAUGGGCAUUUCAGCCAGAUCCGCAUGCCUUAAGGGCUGAUUAUGAGGACAGAGUGCUGUUAGGACAUUUGCCAUUCUAUGGGUCUGCUGUGUAUCUCACUUCCCAUGUUGGAUCAUUCUCUCCCUUUUUUAUUUUAUCAGCUAGUAUUUGCAGACGCUAUUCUUGUUUAUGUGAUCCCUUUGGUUCUUAGUCCUAUCAUUAUGAUCAAUUGUGAACAGAAAUUGAUCACUGGGACUAGUGAGAUGGCAUUGGUACAUGCCACCUCGAUGGGAUUGAAUUGGAAUCCCCUGGUAUGUUUCUAACUCUACCGUUUGAGGUAAGUCAGCUUGAGCAUGUCCCGAAUUGCACAUCUCUUCCCUCUCUUAUUCCCACUCUUAUAUUUAACAGCGAUCACUUUUCAGUUAAGUUUCAGCACUUAAGAAUUGUGUAUUGAUUACAGUAUUCAACCAAAAGUAUUAAGUAGAACAAACAAAAAAAAUACUAAGAGGGAUAACAUAUUAAGCUGCUCAUCAACAGUCAGGGUGAGGGCUGAUCAUGUCACCAUUUCUCAUAGUGUUCAUUUCACUU